GGGGCGGCCCCUCAGGGCGCGCUCCCGGAGGAGGACCAGGCCUGGCUCUCGGGCGCGUGUCCCGAGCCCCGCCCCGAGCCCCAUCUUGCGGGCAGGAGGAGGUGAGCAGGCCCGAGCGCGGGCCGCGGCGGCCGGGGCUGCUGGCACGAUCAUCUAUCGCUGCUACUCGGACACUUAGAAGUCCUUUUGAGAUGUGGUGGUUUCAGCAAGGACUCAGCUUUCUCCCUUCAGCCCUUGUUAUUUGGACAGCUGCUGCCUUCAUCUUUUCAUACAUUACUGCCAUAACUCUUCAUCAUGUGGACCCUGCAUUGCCCUAUAUCAGUGACACUGGAACAGUGGCUCCAGAAAAAUGCUUGUUUGGGGUCAUGUUAAAUAUCGCUGCAGUCUUGUGUGUUGCCACCAUAUAUGUUCGUUAUAAGCAAGUUCAUGCUCUCAGUCCCGAGGAGCCUCGGAUCAUCAAAUUAAACAAGGCUGGCCUUGCACUUGGAUUACUUAGUUGCUUAGGACUUUCUAUCGUGGCAAACUUCCAGAAAACAACAAUCUUUGCUGCACACAUAUGUGGAGCUGUGCUUACUUUUGGCCUGGGUUCCUUUUAUAUGUUUGUUCAGACAAUCCUCUCCUACAAAAUGCAGCCUAAAAUUCAUAGCAAACAAGUCUUCUGGAUCCGGCUGAUGGUGGUAAUCUGGUGUGGAGUGAGUGCAUUUAGCAUGCUGACUUGCUCCUCACUUUUGUACAGUGGCCAUUUUGGUUCUGACAUAGUACAAAAGCUCCACUGGAACCCUGAGGACAAAGGAUAUGUACUUCAUAUGAUCACCACUGCAGCAGAAUGGUCCAUGUCUUUUUCUUUUUUUGGUUUUUUCCUGACUUAUAUUCGUGAUUUUCAGAAAAUUUCCUUACGUGUAGAAGCUAAUUUACAAGGACUGACUCUUUAUGACACUGCCCCUUCCCUUAUUAACAGUGAAAGAACCCAUCUUCUUUCAAAGGACUCAUGACAAAGGAAGAAGCUGUAUCUGUGAUGAUUAUGAUGCUCAGGGAUUGGCAGAUUGUUCCUGAAAAGUACUUACUAUGCUCUCAAAUUUCUAAGCACUUAAUCAAGGCUAACAAAGACACUGCUUAAUAAUGUUACUCAAAUGAUAUGUAAUAAGCCAUUUGACAAGUGAUUUUAAGUGAUAUUAUCCAGAGAGGCAUUUAAAGCAUAUUCACUUUCUUUUUUUUUUUUAAUUUUGGAAAAUAAAACCAAAGGACUGUAUAUAUGUAUAUAUAUAUAUAUGUAUGUAUAUACGCAAUCUAUAUAGCAUUGCAAUUUUUCUUCCUUCUUAAUUGGAAGCACCUGGAAGUACACAGAAAAUUCUGCAGAAACCAAUUUUUCACAGGACAUUCUGCAGAAAAAAGGUUUUUCACAGCUUGCAAAUCAUUACAGUGCAUGUUUUGUUUGGAGCGCCAUAUAUCUGGUACAGGUGAGAGUGUUGUAUUCUAGGACUCCUAAUACUCAAGGAACUUCUAGAGUUUGGUCAAUAUCUCCUCUAGAAUCAGAGUUAGACUGUGCAUGCCAUGUUUUUUGUUUGUUUUUUUUUGUUUUUGUUUUGGGGGGGGAGGCAGGGCAAUGAGGAUUAAGUGACUUGCCCAGGGUCACACAACUAGUUAAGUGUCCAGUGUCUGAGGCUGGAUUUGAACUCAGGUCCUCCUGAAUCCAAGGCCAGUGCUUUAUCCACUGCACCUCCUAGCUGCCCCCAUGCCAUGUUAAUUAAGAUUUUUUUUUUUACUCACAAACUGUAAUUGUACAUGACCUCAGGAAGGUCUUUAACAUAAAGUUAAAGAAGCCAGAUUCCUUAAGCCUCUGAUGCCCCAACAGAAACUUGUUUCACAGUGUAAUCAGCCUGGAUCCAGACAAAAGACAACAGGUCACAGGUCCUAAGUUCCCAGUGUCAGAUCAUUUCAAGAAGAUGAGUACUGCCUUGGUUGUGCCAUAAAAUAUUAGACAUUUCCCAGGGUCAACACUGCCUCCUCUGCACAUAUACAGCAGCUUCCGAGAAUUUUGUCUCAUUCCUGAGGUACAUCGUCUAACAAAGCUAAGUGAUAGGUUUACUACAAGUAAAGAGUUUUACUACGUUUUUUUCACUGGAAUAUGCCGCAUCUACCACAAAAGAGCUCUUGAAGCUAGGAAGUUUAAGUAAUCAGUAAUUAACCUUGUAAAAGGAUCUUUAAACAACCAUGACUCGAAUCUGUUAAAGAACUAUGUAUGACUUCCAGAGAGUGAAACCCAACAGAAAAGAAAACUAGAUAGAGGGUAGUUGUGAUACACCAAGUUUCAUGAACAAUUUCCUCUCCUACCUUCUCAUUUCAUAGCUGAAUCUAAACAGUCUUCAAUUUUCAAGGCAUCUACUUGAGGCCUUAUCUGGACAAAUACAUUGUAUACUAUUAAGGUUCAUAGUCAUUCAAAAGAGAUAAAAGUUCCUAAGAGUAUUGAGAGAAGAGCAUCAGCUCCUCUGAGAGUUGCCUUUGGUAGACCUUUGCAAGAAAAAUGACCAAAUCCUCAGGCAUAAAAGCAGAAACUGUUGUGCAAAGCCAGGGAAACUAUGGAGUUAAAUUUGCCUUUUACUUUAUGAAUAUAUAUUGCAGGUCGUCAAAUGCAACUACCAUUCAUAACAAGAAGUAAUCCAAAGUUAUAAACAUUCUAGGCCUAUUUAUCCUUCUACUCUCAAAAGGCAGUCAUCUCUUUAAAGUGAUAGGUUCUGCUCAAAGCAAGACCAUUGGUCACCAUCAAUGUAAAAUCAUAGAUUUUUCAAGUUGUAAGGGACUUUAGAAGUUUACCUGGUGGGGCAGCUAGGUGGCGCAGUGGAUAGAGUACCAGCCCUGGAUUCAGGAGGACCCGAGUUAAAAUCUGGCCUUAGACACUUAACACUUGCUAGCUGUGUGACCCUGGGCAAGUCACUUAACCCCAAUUGCCUCACAAAAAAAGAAAAGAAAAAAAAAGUUUACCUGGUAUCAGAAUCCCCUCUGAAGCUACACAUCAUAUAGCUGUUCAAUUUGUGCUUAAAUGAUACCACUGACAAGCUGUCUUGUGAAGUAAUGAUCACUUCCAUUUUUUGAACAGCGGUAAUUGUUAGAAAGUUCCUCUUUAUGUUGAACCAGAAUCUGUUCCCCACAGGACUUUAAGUAAAUAAUGAUGUGUUUAAAUUUCACAUCAGGUACCCAGAUCCAGCCACCAUUUUCUUGUAGAAACCUAGACUCAAAAAGCCUUUACCCAGGUUCCAUUUUAAAAAAUCACUUAAGACAGAUAUAGAUUUAUUUAUUUACUUAAAAGGUUUACUAGGGAGUUAGUGAGAAUUUAUUGCUGAAAAGAAACUAGUUUAAAAAGCAUAAAACAAAAGAUACAAAAUCUUUUUAUCAAUGAAUUUUUCAUGGUAGAGUUCUUCAGUAAUCACUUCAUCUCUUAUUUAAGAUUUCAGUGAAUUUUCUAGAAAUUCACUGGAAAAUCUCCAAGUCUUAGAUGGCCCCAAGGUUUUCUGAGCACUAAAAUACCAAAUGGAUCAGAAAAAAUGACAAGAUUAUCUCACAAGCCAGCAUGAGUGAUCAAGAAAGUGGCAUUUGAGUCCUUAGCAUGGACAAGAGGGUAAAAUAAAGCAUUUGAAAAAGAUAUUUUAUGCAUUGCUCCUAAGAUUUGAGCUGUUGAUUAUGACCCAGGGAAAGGACCUAGGAGUCACUAGAGGCUGUUGCUUAAAAACAUUCCUUGUAUUAUGUUGCAUCAAAGAAAAUCAAAGCCUUUAUGUCAUAAGGAAAACACACUGGAAACAAAGCAGUAAUACCACAUUAAAUAAAAAACGGAGUCUACAUCUGGAAUACAUGAUGUGGUUCUGAAUGCUACCUUCUCAAGAAAACCGCAAGUAAGCUAGAGAAGGCCCAGAGAAAAGCAGCUGGAAUGAUCCAUGAAUAGAAGUCAUCUAUAAGAAGAAAAUCUAGAAAACAACUUAGGACUCUCGUCUGGAAAAGAAAAUGAAGGCAGGUGAGAUCAGUUUAUAAAAUCCUGUGAAUGCUCUAGAUAGGAGACAUCUGAAUGUGUUCUCAUGAAGUAUUGAAACUCUGCUUCUUAAUGUCUGAAAGAAGUAGCUCCCGGAUCAAUAAAAAGACGGGAUACUUUAAGAAUGUGCAAUAAAUUUAUGGGACUUGUUAUUCCUAAGAAUGAUAAAGACUAAAAAUAAGAUUAUGUUCAAGAAGAAAUUUUAAAUCAAUGACAUGGUAUAUUAAGAGUUAUUGAAGAAUGUUUGUAAAGUUUGGGAAUAUGUCCAUAAUCUUUUCAGAUGAGCAUUGCAAAGCAAAAUCCUGCCUUUCCUGAAAGCAUCUCUUAGUGCACAUUUGAGAAAAACAAAGUAAUCUGCAAUGAACAAUGGACUAGUCCACUGAAGCUUCACUUGCCACACCAACUCCCACACGAUGUUUUCAUGUACUACAUUCAGAGCAAGGUCUUUAAGUUAGUGAAGAUAGCAGCAAAUUUAUAGUCCUAAUGAAUUUUCUAACUUUCCCCUUAUAGACAUCAACCAUAUUUGCAUUUUAACACUUGCUUCAAGGCCAAAGAUAAAAGUGGAAGAAAUGAAAAAAAGUUACUGGGUUAAGUUUGAGGAAAGAAAGAAAGAAUGUAAUUUCAUAGCUGUCUCAUCAACUCAGCAGUAGAAGAACCAAAGGACAGGGACAACACCUGCGUGUAGAAGUAGCUCAUGGACCAUAAGGGAUCAAACAUAAAUGUUGAUGACCAGCUAUAGCUACUCCAAACCUCUUUACUGUGUGAUUCAUCUUCAGAUCCCAUCCCUUGGUUUCAUUUCUCCAGUAUCACUUCCUAAAUAACUCUUGUUGGAAGGGCAUUGCUUUUUCCUGGGUAGAUCUCUUGACAUGAUUUAACCUUCAGUGAGAUACUGCCCUCAAUGAUGUAAACUGUCUACCCGAGAUUUGCAAAACAUUUCCAAUCCAAGAGUAGUUAACAAGUUUCCAAGAAAUGUUUGCUGUUUGAUGAAAGGUUGUUGUCUCUAAACACAUUGAUCAUGAUGUACUUUUUCCUGGAUUUUACUAGAGAAAUGUCUUAAAAGGUGUCAGGAACAGGAAGGGAAGAAGAAUUAGACCCCAGUACCAUGUAGGCAAGAGCAAUCUGUAUAAGAAUGAGAAUCUGAUGAUCCUGGAUAAUUAACCAUGUGCUUUUUUUUUUUUUUUUUGGAUAAGCUUCAUCAGGAAACCUCUUAUGUGAAUGCACUAGCGUGUUAGUCUAUAAACUGAUCUGAGUCUUGAAAGAAGUUAGGGAUAUUAAGGCAGAGGUGAUGGAUACUGAGCAUUACACCCAGAGCCCAUAUGAGGUAGAGGAAGAACCAGCAUAGGAAACUUAAGGAGUAGUUGGACAGUUAAGAGGAGAGCCUGGAAAGCAGGGUCGCAAGAGCUCGGUGAGGAGUGUCCAGAAGGAAAGGAAAGCACUUGGAGGCUGCAAAAGAUGAUGAGGACUGAGAAGAGACCAUUCGAUGUGGCAACUGAUAUAUCUAUAGAGAGGGUGGCUUCAAUCAAAUGAUGAAAUUGGGAGCCAGAUUGUGGAGGGGGUUAGAAGAGUGUGAAACAAGCGGAGGCACUGAGUAGAGAAAGCUUCCUCAAGGAGUUAGCUACAAAAUGGAGAAGAGAUAGAGGUCAGUAGCUAGCAGGCAUGGCAAGAUCGAGUGAGGAUUUUUUUAAGGAUGAAGGAAGUUUAGAUUAUAAAAAACUAAGAAAAAUUGGUUGAUGGGUCAGCACUAGUAAUGAAAGUCCCAGCUGGGGCCUGCCACUAGAAUUGUGCUGUGUGGAAGAAGGAGGUAUUUCAGUGAGGUUUGUGUUGCAUCUGGUACUGAGGCAGACCAGACUGGUCCUUUUUUAAAAGUAGGUUCCCCGUGUAGGAGUGCAAAGCCAAUACCCUGGGAAGUUUGUACCAGUUUAGCUGUUUUUAUUUUGACACUUUCUUCCUAAUCCCCUGUUUGCUAUGACUAGAAUGUGGAAUGUCACCUAGAGUUAAGGGGUGGCUAGGUGGUAGAGUGUUAGGCUUCAAGUCAAGAAGACCCAAUUUCAAAUCCUACCUUAGAAACCUAAUAGUUAUAGUACUUGACCACAGGGCAAAUUAUUGAACCUUUCUUGGGCUAAGUUUUCUUAGCUAUAAAAUGAGGGUGUUGGAUUCCAUAGUCUUUAAGAAAAAAAGAGAAUAUGUGGUCAUUGAGUAAAAAUGGGUUUAUUGAGAACAGUCUAACCUCAUUUUCUUUUCUGACAGGAUUGCUAGAUUAAUAUGUUGGGAAAACCAUGGACAUAGUUUACUUUUCAGUAAAAUUAAAAUAUUUUAAUGUUU